GGACCCCGGGAGGGGGCAGCCGCACGUGGGGCCGUGUCUGUCUGACUGGCAGAGCCGGCUCCGACCCGCCGCCCCAAGGUCCUCGCCGUAUAGCGGCGUCCGUGCGGGCCUUUCUCAGUCUCCAGAGUUGAAACGAAGUUGACGGAAGGAAAGUCUUUCUGGAGAUCAUCUUAUGCCUGCAUGAACCACCUCCUUUUCUGUAAAAUGGAUCCUGUAGAGUGAUUGGAGCGCUUAAAGAAGAGUACGCUACCUAUAAACAGGAGCAGAUGAGGAUUUAGGGUCUCGUUUUCCCUUUUCGUAUACAACUAUGGUUAAUCCAAGGAUCCCUUUCAUUCUCUCUCCAUAUUGCUUGAUGAGAGGCAUUAUGGCUCCCAAAGACAUAAUGACAAAUACUCAUGCUAAAUCCAUCCUCAACUCCAUGAACUCCCUCAGGAAGAGCAACACCCUCUGUGAUGUGACGCUGAGAGUGGAGCAGAAGGACUUCCCCGCCCACCGGAUCGUGCUGGCUGCCUGCAGUGAUUACUUCUGCGCCAUGUUCACCAGUGAGCUCUCAGAGAAGGGGAAACCGUACGUAGAUAUUCAGGGUUUAACCGCCUCGACCAUGGAAAUCCUGCUGGACUUUGUGUACACGGAGACCGUGCACGUGACUGUGGAGAACGUCCAGGAGCUGCUGCCCGCAGCCUGCCUGCUCCAGCUGAAAGGCGUGAAGCAAGCCUGCUGCGAGUUCUUGGAAAGCCAGCUGGACCCGUCCAACUGCCUGGGCAUCCGGGACUUUGCUGAGACUCACAACUGUGUUGACCUGAUGCAAGCAGCUGAGGUUUUUAGCCAGAAGCAUUUUCCUGAAGUGGUGCAGCAUGAAGAGUUCAUUCUUCUCAGCCAAGGAGAGGUGGAAAAGCUCAUCAAGUGCGAUGAGAUUCAGGUGGAUUCUGAAGAGCCGGUCUUCGAGGCUGUGAUCAGCUGGGUGAAGCACGCCAAGGAGGAGCGGGAGGGGUCCUUGCCGGGCCUGCUGCAGUAUGUCCGGAUGCCCCUGCUGACCCCCCGAUACAUCACAGACGUCAUAGACACUGAGCCUUUCAUCCGCUGCAGCUUGCAGUGCAGGGACCUCGUUGACGAAGCCAAGAAGUUUCACCUGAGACCUGAGCUGCGCACUCAGAUGCAGGGGCCCCGGACGCGGGCGCGGCUGGGAGCCAACGAAGUGCUUCUGGUGGUCGGCGGCUUCGGAAGCCAGCAGUCUCCCAUCGAUGUGGUGGAGAAGUACGACCCCAAGACGCAGGAGUGGAGCUUUUUGCCAAGCAUCACUCGGAAGAGACGCUAUGUGGCCUCGGUGUCCCUUCACGACCGGAUCUACGUUAUUGGCGGCUACGACGGCCGCUCCCGCCUCAGCUCCGUGGAGUGUCUGGACUACACGGCAGACGAGGAUGGGGUCUGGUAUUCGGUGGCGCCGAUGAAUGUCCGGCGCGGCCUGGCUGGAGCCACCAGCCUGGGAGAUAUGAUCUAUGUCUCUGGGGGCUUUGAUGGAAGCAGGCGCCACACCAGUAUGGAGCGCUAUGACCCGAACAUCGACCAGUGGAGCAUGCUGGGCGACAUGCAGACGGCCCGGGAAGGUGCCGGCCUCGUGGUGGCCAGCGGGGUCAUCUACUGUCUAGGAGGAUAUGACGGCUUGAAUAUCUUAAACUCAGUUGAGAAGUAUGACCCCCAUACAGGACACUGGACUAAUGUCACACCGAUGGCCACCAAGCGCUCUGGUGCAGGGGUAGCCCUGCUGAAUGACCAUAUUUAUGUGGUGGGGGGAUUCGAUGGUACAGCCCACCUUUCUUCUGUGGAAGCCUACAACAUUCGCACCGACUCCUGGACAACAGUCACGAGCAUGACCACCCCGCGGUGCUACGUCGGGGCCACGGUGCUUCGGGGGAGACUUUAUGCAAUUGCAGGCUACGACGGGAACUCCCUGCUGAGCAGCAUUGAGUGCUACGACCCCAUCAUCGACAGCUGGGAGGUCGUUACCUCCAUGGGAACUCAGCGCUGCGACGCCGGCGUGUGUGUUCUCCGAGAGAAGUGACUGGGCAAAGAGACAGUUUGCAGAGAACCAAGGGUCCUUUCCAGAAUGUCUGUUUCUCAGAGUGGGGAGGGGAUUACAGGCUCAGUGCCGCUGCUCUGAUUACGAUUAUUUGACACGCCCUGGCGUUGGGGGUGUCCCCGAGGAGGGUGAGCCGCAGACACUCGAGGGCGGAGGCCGCACCCUGCGUGGGUAUGAUCGGCCAGACUCCUGUCUUCCUGGCCGCGGGGGCACUUGUUCCUCACCUUUAACUUAGUGUGCGCUCCAGAGAAUAUACCUUUAAGUUGUGCCUCGUGUGCUGUGAAGAAUUAAGGUGAAUAUGAACUCCAAGGUGUGGGCAGUAUCCAGCCUCGAUGGUUGGAAGGGUACCAACUCUCUUGCUUUUCCAAGAACAAAUCUCUUUCCUAGUCUACAGGUAAUAGGGGCAACACAGUUCAGUUCUGGAGGAAAACGAGGGAAGAGCUCUGUCAAAACCUCGGGGGCCUCAGGAGUUGGGGAACUGGGUGUCCAGUGCAGGAGGGGAGCUGGAUGCGGUGGGGUGUGAGGGAGCCUGCACCACCGGAAGGCUGAGGGGCCCUAGACACGGAGCAGCAGGGCCAGCGCGUGUUAGCUGAGCAGCAGUGCAGGAAAAGGGUCCCAGACCGAAGUUCGUGUGACUUCACCAUUGCCCUGCCUGCCGCCGCGCCUGUAUCCCAGGAAGGCUUUCCUCUGCCGAAUCAAGGACUGCUUUCUCCGCUGUUGCCCCCCGCACUGUUUAGGGGGAGGGGAGGAGCGGGGGUAGCAGCCGCCUGAUGACUCCCCUCGUUCUUGUAAGGGCACACUUGUGCUAAGGAGUCGUUUUUACUGCUGUGUUUUGUACAUGUUGUCUUUUCUUAUUAGAACACCCAUUCCCUGCCUUUAGCCUGGAUCUUGCUCAUCCCAGGACGGAAUAAUCAAUGACAACUGAAAUCCAUUUGUUAGUUUCAGUACCGCCUGUCCUUCUGAACUCCUUCCAAGGCUCCCCUGUGCUGUGCAGUGACCUUCCUGCUCGGAGGAUUGGGAGUGUGGGGACAACAUGGUCACCUAAACAAGGAUGCGCUUUCCCUUUGUUCUGAAAUUCCUUUUUUUCCUCUUUCCCUGAGUUGUAUUGACCUAAAGUUCAUUUUGUUUGUAUUUUUUUAAGAAAAUAUUAAAACAACAACAACAA